GAAGCCAUGGGGCCCCAGCUGAGCUCUUCUCUGUGAUAUUAGUAAAUAAACAGAUCAGUGGUUUGAAGAAAGGCUGGAUCUUCUCUUGUUUUCAGUACCCAGUUAUGGUGUCUCUGAAAUAGCCUGCUAUACGGCUAAGGUUCAAAAAGUUCUUCUCGGCUUAAAAUGCCUGAAAUAAAAGUCACCCCCUUGGGGGCUGGCCAGGAUGUGGGCCGGAGCUGCAUCCUUGUGUCCAUUGCAGGGAAAAAUGUCAUGCUAGACUGCGGGAUGCACAUGGGCUAUAAUGAUGAUAGACGCUUUCCUGAUUUUUCAUACAUUACCCAGAAUGGAAGACUGACUGACUUUCUAGACUGUGUAAUCAUCAGCCACUUUCAUUUGGACCACUGCGGAGCUUUACCGUAUUUCAGCGAAAUGGUUGGCUAUGAUGGACCCAUAUACAUGACGCACCCCACCAAGGCCAUCUGCCCCAUCCUGCUGGAGGAUUACAGGAAAAUUACUGUGGAUAAGAAAGGGGAGACCAACUUCUUCACUUCCCAAAUGAUUAAAGAUUGCAUGAAAAAAGUGGUAGCUGUCCACCUUCACCAGACAAUCCAGGUAGAUGAUGAGCUGGAAAUCAAGGCGUACUAUGCUGGCCAUGUGCUGGGAGCAGCCAUGUUCCAGAUUAAAGUUGGCUCUGAGUCUGUGGUCUAUACUGGUGAUUAUAACAUGACGCCAGACAGACACUUAGGAGCUGCCUGGAUUGAUAAGUGUCGUCCGGAUUUAUUAAUCAGCGAAUCCACCUAUGCCACAACUAUCCGAGACUCCAAACGCUGCCGAGAGAGGGACUUCCUGAAGAAGGUCCAUGAAAGUGUAGAGAGAGGAGGGAAGGUUCUUAUCCCGGUUUUUGCUCUGGGACGUGCCCAGGAACUCUGCAUCUUACUGGAAACUUUCUGCGGAGAUAUUGACUUCCUAUUUCCCCAGGUUGUAUUUGCAACCCCAGGUAUGCUUCAUGCCGGACAGUCCCUUCAGAUCUUCAGGAAAUGGGCAGGGAAUGAAAAGAACAUGGUCAUUAUGCCAGGUUACUGUGUGCAAGGAACUGUGGGUCAUAAGAUCCUGAGUGGACAGCGGAAGCUAGAAAUGGAAGGAAGACAAAUACUGGAGGUGAAGAUGCAGGUCGAAUACAUGUCCUUUAGUGCCCAUGCUGAUGCCAAGGGAAUAAUGCAGCUGAUUCGCCAGGCCGAGCCACGCAGUGUUCUUCUGGUUCACGGGGAAGCAAAGAAGAUGGAGUUCCUGAAGCAGAAAAUUGAACAGGAAUUUCAUGUGAACUGUUACAUGCCUGCAAAUGGAGAAACCACUACAUUGUUCACCAGCCCCAAUAUACCAGUGGACAUUUCCCUUGGAUUGUUGAAGAGAGAGAGUGCCAUAGGUCUUGUGCCAGAUUCCAAGAAGCCAAAGCUCAUGCAUGGCACAUUAAUCAUGAAGGAUAACAGCUUCCGCUUAGUCUCUCCCGAGCAGGCACUGAAGGAACUGGGUCUUGGGGAGCAUCAGCUGCGUUUUACCUGCCGAGUCCACAUUCAGGAUCCUCGCAAGGAGCACGAGAUGGUGCUUCGAGUCUAUAAUCACCUUAAGGGAGUCCUGAAAGAUUAUUCUGUUCAGCAUCUCCCUGACGGAUCUAUCAUGGUGGAGUCCAUUCUGAUCCAAGCCACAGCACAGUCAGAGGACCAAGGAACCAAAGUUUUGCUGGUGUCAUGGACAUACCAGGAUGAAGAACUGGGCAGCUAUCUUACCUCCCUAUUGAAAAAGGGACUGCCACAAACUACAGCUUGAGUGACGCAGCAAUGGGGAAAAUGAAACUUCAGAAGCCUUCCAAGUUCACCUCUGUUUUUUAUAUUAUCCAAAGCAUGUAAAUACUUAAGUUGUUUUUUUUAAAUAAAGACAAGGUCUAUUGUAAAAUA